GACAAAUAAUAAUGAAGCGCAUGGGUACUGGAACACUUAUAAAUACCUAUACAGUUUGACUACCUUAAAUUUCUUUAUCUCUAGUUUGAAAUACAAUUAUCACAUACAUGUAACGAAAAAUCCUGACAUCGCAGUUAUGAAAGAAUUUACAUUCCUGUUAUCAGCACUUGUGGUGCUUGUAGGAUGUAACAAUAUAAAGAAUAUACAAGAAAAAGAAGAUGGUGGCAACAUGAAUGGUCACUAUCUGGUAGCAAGUGGCGGAAACCAGGGUGUACAUUUUAACGAUGACUAUAAGAGCAAGGGUCAUGAGUACUUUGAUGUUUACUCACCAGAGAUAGCAACCCAUUAUGGUGAGGUCUUUUGGACAGACAUGGGAAAUAAUCCAAUUCCAAAAGAAAUCAUCGACAGAUUUGAAGGAAAAGUAAUGGCCAUCACUGGUUACGAGCAGGACCAAGUUAUGGUAUAUCCCUUAAGUAAACCCGGACUAAAUCCUCAAAACGAUGUUUCUGUUCCAAUCAACUGGGCGUAUAACCACCACUACGUAGCAUGGAUGACUGGAAAAUAUUCCAAAUUGAUAAAAAUCCCAAAUCCGGACCCCAAUGACGUCAGUGCUCAUGGAGCUCCCAUGAAAUGGGAACCAGUAGAUCUUCCAUCGGCAAAGGAUCGUGAAAAUAAAAACGUUCCCACAAGUCAAACAUUCAGCGCAGGAAACGGAGGAGAGUCGCGGAAGAGUUUCCAUGGUUAUCCAAAUGGAUUUGCUCAAUUAAUUGACUCUCCUGACACGUGGCACAUUACUCCUAUGCAGAUUGAUACACGUAACCGAGACUGUGGCGCUACACCACAAGACAUUCACAACUGUACCGUUUUUACGCCAGGAGUUGAACCACGUCAGGCCAGAUUCGGUCGUGGCAUUCCGAAAGAGGGAGCCAUUUAUUCUGGAAUACUGGAGUGUCCAUGCACUAGUCGUUAUGGUGGUGAUCCAGCGAUAUACGGUUCUAGUGUAAAAACAAAAUAUAUUCAACACCAUUAUUCUCUUGUAGCAGAGCCAUCUUGUAAAACUUCCCCACAAAGUGCAACAGUAUGUUUUGAUGCAGUAGCUAUGUUAGGAGUGAAAGCAACUAAGAAUGUGACCUUGGCCGUCUCGUCUAGCGUAAUUCCCAGUGGUUGCAGUGUUGAUUCAGAGUCCGAUGGAACAUCAACUGUGUAUUACAACAAGUUCCAAAGUACCAAACAAUGCUCUACAUCCAGUAAAAGAACCGGUCGAGCCAAUUUUGACAUUGGGGUAUCUAUUAAAGUUGAAUUUUCUGAUACCAGUACCAUAUCCUUAACUGGACCUGCAGACGCAUGGUUUGGAGUUGGUUUCAAUGCUACAAAUAUGGCCAAUUCUCCGUACACUUUGAUUGUAAACUCUACAGGGGUCUUUGAACAACAAAUUGGUACGUGUGGAACCGGGGCAGAACAUUGUCCAGGGAAUCCAUUAGAAAAAAGUAUCUCUCUUUUGUCCAAUUCAGUUUCCGAUGGUGUGAGAACUGCCAUCGUGACACGCCCAUUAAAAGGUUUGACGAAAAAACAUUACAGCUUUGAUGCUAUAAAUGCACAAAUCAACUUAAUUUCUGCUGUCGGUUCUUCACAAGUGUUUUCUUACCACAACGCACAUUCUGUCGGCAUAGUUGCCUUACUAGCAGAAAAGGAGCCUAACUGCAUUUGUGACGUAGGACAAACGGGGAUGAUUUGCGAAACCAAUGGAACCAAUUGUAACCAUUUUGUCAAAAAUUGCGUUCCACCACCUGCUGGGGAAGUCUUAUCUCAAAAUAAUCCCUCGUGCAGUUCAAUAGGGUAUGCCGGGGGACUCCGAUGUUGUAGCCACAAGCGUAUUCUGCUGGACGCUGAUCAAUCUGUACGACCGGAACUCUUACGAUAUCACAUGAAAUUUCGCUUUUGGUUUCAGGAGUACAAGGUAGGCAACUCAAAAGUUUCUCAUCAUGAUUUGACUCGUAUUUACUUUCAAACCGAGGCUUGGUCCGGUGAAUAUGAUAUUCCCCCAGCAUUCGCCAUGCCAGGAAAACCGAUACCUGGAUAUGCCAACUGGCCACUGAACACGCCCACUCCUGGAACUAAAUGUACCGGAAACUGUCCUUCUGGGGACGAUUGUGAAUGUAUCCAUACGAUAGAAUUCAAAUGGACCAUCAGCAAUUUUAGACUGAUCUACGCCGGAGGUCAUUGUCAUGCGCCAUCUUGUUUAGCUAUGGAACUUUACAGAAACGACACUGGUCACGAGAUGGAGCUGUUAUGCAGACAAGUUCCUGUAUCCGGAAAGGGAAAUGUUAAAGAGAACAAAUACGAUGAAGCUGGAUAUAUAGCACUGCCUCCAUGUCUCUGGGGAGACGAUACAGGUUUGGAGCCCUCAGUUCUGUUGCCAAGCAACACACCAAUUGUUGCCAUCAAACAUAACAUAAACACUAAAAUGGGUCACUAUGGUGAAAUGGCAUACUGGCAGAUGAGAGGAAUAAAUUUCUAGAAAUGUAAUGUUUUACAUAACGACCUGGCCCAUUGAUUUAACCAUUCAUGCACUAAUUUUACGGUAAUAUGAUACAUUAACUAUGUGACUGUAUAAGCACACAUGUAGCGAUAUUUUUUUCAUAUCAUUAAAGCUUUAUAAUAUA